ACCCUGAAUCCAACCACGGAUCCGCUCCAAAGAUAACGGUUGUCGCUUUGUUUUUGGCAAAGUACACAAAGUACAGUUACCCCAUGACGUCAAAUUUGGAGCGUUAAUCUGGAGCAGUACUACACUACCCAGAAUCCUUUGCUCAUCGCAGCCAGUGGAGAAGGAAAAAACAAACAACAAACAGUGAUGGCGGCCCAUCUGAUGAAGCUCUCCUCACUGGCCACGGCUGUCUUCGCCUCCUCUGGGAUUUACCUCUGCAGCAGACAUCUGGACCUCAAUGAUCUGAGCGUGAUCCGCUUUGGACGAGCAGCAGCCGCGACGGCGGUUAUCAGCUAUGACUACCUGACGGCUUUCAGAGACGUGGAAUACGGCACAGAGGAGUACUGGACCCUCAGAUCCGAGGUGCAUCGUCGUUCAGCGGAGCGUCUCCGGGAACUGUGUUGCGUAAACCGGGGUACCUUCAUCAAAGUGGGUCAGCACCUCGGUGCGCUAGACUACUUGCUGCCUGAGGAGUACACAUCCACGCUGAAGGUCCUUCACAGCCGAGCGCCUCAGAGCAGCAUGGAGGAAAUCAGACAGGUCAUCAGGGAGGACCUCGGCAAGGAGCUUUCAGAGUUAUUUGUGUCCUUUGAGGAUAAGCCUCAGGGUGCCGCCUCCUUGGCUCAGGUCCAUAAGGCGGUACUGCAGGAUGGCCAGACCGUAGCCAUUAAGGUUCAACACCCUAAAGUACGAAGACAAAGUCACAAGGAUAUUGUAGUGAUGGAGGUGCUGGUCCAGGUGGUCCACUGGCUGUUCCCUGACUUCACCUUCAUGUGGUUGGUCGACGAGGCCAAGAAGAACCUGCCGCUGGAGCUGGACUUCCUGAACGAGGGACACAACGCGGAGCGGGCGGCCCGAAUGCUGGCUCACGUCCCCUUCCUGAAGAUUCCUGCCAUCCACUGGAACUUGUCCACAAAGAGAAUCCUGACGAUGGACUUUGCAGAAGGUGGGGAGGUCAACGACAGGGAGUAUAUGAGGAAGCAUGGCAUCAGCGUCAAUGAGAUCUCAGAGAACCUGGGCAAGAUAUACAGUGAAAUGAUCUUUGUCCACGGCUUUGUCCACUGCGACCCGCAUCCAGGAAACGUGUUGGUUCGAAAGUGUCCCCAAAGCAAGAAGACAGAGAUCGUCCUCCUCGAUCACGGCCUUUAUCAGGUCCUGCACUCUGAGUUCAGGCUAAACUACUGUCAUCUGUGGCAGGCUCUGAUAAAAGGUGACAUGUCUGCAGUGGAGCGCUACAGUCGGAGGCUGGGAGCUGGAGACCUGUAUCCGCUGUUUGCCUGUGUGCUGAGUGCCCGAUCCUGGAAGGCCAUCAAUGCCGGGAUAACAUCCACACCUGUCACUCACUUUGAGGACUCUGAGAUCCAGACCAACGCAGCGCUCUACCUGCCUCAGAUCGGUGACUUGUUGAACCGAGUGCCCCGACAAAUGCUGCUCCUGCUGAAGACCAACGACCUGCUGAGGGGCAUCGAGGCCUGCCUGCAGACCAGAGCGUCGUCCUCCUCCUUCAUCAACAUGUCUCGUUGCUGUGUCCGUGCUGUGGCCAGGCACAAAAGGAGUAAGGCGGAGUCCAGACGGAGGCGUCUGCAGAUCACGCUGGCUGAAGCUCUGAGUCUGUGGCGGCUCAACAUGCUCCAGCUGUUUUUGUGGGUUCAAGGAUCAGUGUUGGGACGCUGGCUGGGUGUCGUCCUGGGAUUUCUGCAGACAAAAGUCUGAAGAAUGAUUGUGGACUCCGGCCACUUUGUCAUCAUGAAAGCGUCACAGGCUCUGUCUCAUUAAAGACGUUUCACAACCACUCAAACCUCACCAGUGUGAGUCCUCCGAGUUCAAACUCUGGAAUCAGUUCAUCUGCUGGGCCUGGACUUUCACUUCAACCCAUCAUGAAGACCUGGAAUCGUUUGAGCUGGUUGGCUGAGGUGUUCCAUGAGUUUAAGAUGCCUGCACACAGGACUGAGCACAUGUGGACUAAGACAAAGUUCAGGGUGUCCUCACGUGUUGCUUCAGCAGUCAGGAGUUUCUGGUGUUACUGUGGCUCAAAGAUCCUUCAGUAGAUCUGCAGCAAACAUGAUCCAACAGGUCAAAAACACACCUGCUCAGUCUCCUAAAGCAAAGUAACAAGAUCCAGGUUCACGAUGUUUUGGAGAAGUCCAGGUGAAGGACAGACUCCAGGUUGAGGUCCUCCUUAACGCUGAUUGCACUUAUGAAGCAGUGGAGCCACUUCAUGUUCAUUUUACCUCAUUUUCUGUGACAUUUAUGCAAGAAAAAAAUCUUUAUGCCUUCCUGCUGUCACAGAUAUAAACAUGAAAUUGUUCAUGGAUUCAUCGGCUGACCUGUGAACCUGUGAACCUGGCUGUAAAAGUGAUUUGUAUAAACAAUAAUCCUGAUCAGUUUUGUCCAGUUACUUAUGGCCCCAUCUGGAUUGUUUCAGUUUAACUCCAUUAUGAAUUACAGACACAAAUAAAACUCUCACUGUCCAAAUACUUCUGGACCCAAAUGUAACCAACCUUACAAAGAUGGAUUUGAUAUAUUUUCUGUCACGGGUGGAGAACAAGUGUUUCAGUGUUGAUGACCAAGAAGAGUCCGUGAUGACGUGGUUUGUUCUGGUCUUUGGUUUUCCUGACGCUUCGCUUUGUUCUCCCUGUUGUUGUUGUUGUUUAUCAUAAUUUAUCUUCUUGCAAACAAACGAUGAUAUCACCUUCCACCGUGCAGGUUGUGUUAUUAUAAUGUCUUUCCAUGAGUGGAGGACAUGUCCACGCUUCAGAAUGUUCUUCAGAGUGUCCUUAAAUCUGAAAAAAGGAGAGCCGACUCUUCCAGACUCCUCGCACAGUUCUCCAUACAGCCAGAACAACUUUUAUUCCUACAGUCUGAGGAAAGUACUGUAUUUUCUGCACUACAACAAAUCACUUUUUGAACCAGUUUUUGGAGGUCCUGCGACUUGUAUUCUGAAGAGAUUUCUGUGUCAAUAAAUAGGGGUGUAACGGGGGACAGAGAUCACGGUUCAGUACAUUUUAAGUCCAGUAGAAAGGUGUUGUUCCAAAGUGAAUUCCACACAGGAAAUGUUCCCCUGUGCAGUCGUCGUAUUCAUUAGGUACACGACAAACAGGCUGAACCAAAAGGACAUUACCAAAAUUUCUUGGUCCAAUGUCUUGACACGUUGUACGAGUAGUCCAAAAUAUAAAAAAAAAAAGACAAAAAAUACUGCAUUUUCAUCUACAGCCACAAGAUGGCACCAUCUGCCCACAAGACAACUAAAGGCUGUUGUUCAUCCACAUGGUGGGAAAAAAAAGUGCAACACUGACAUAGCUGGAGAAGACAAAAUGUCUCCCAAAGGGCAACGACGGUGAGACGCCCCAGUGUUCUCCUCCCACUGGUGCUUUAGUUUCUGUGUGGAGUUUGUGUGUUCUCCCCGUGUUUGUGGGGGUCCCUCUGGGUGCUCCGGCUUCCUCCCACAUCCAAAGACAUGCAGGUUUGAUGAACUGGUGACUCUAAAUUGAUUGUAGGUGUGACUGUUUGUCUGUCCACAUGCAUUCCUGCAAUGAACUGGUGUCCUGUCCAGGGUGAAGCCGCCUCUCACCAGGAUCCACCAGGAUAGGUUCCAGCCACCACAUGACCUUUAAUUUAAAUAAACAGGUAUAGAAAAUGAAUCAAUAAUUGUUGUCCAUCACACAUUUAUUUGUCCAUCUUGGUUAGUUUUGGAAUUUCAAAGUCCUUAUGUUAAGUAUCAGCACAUGCUGUUGUGUGCACAUGUGCUACACUGAGUUCCUGUCUGUAGUUAAACUCCCUGAGUGUGACUUGUAGUCCAGUGUGACUUACAGAAAAUACAAGUACAGUGUGGACAUGAUUUGUUCAUGUCCCACAGUCUGAUGACUCGGGGUCACAUCACGUCCCCGUGACAUAUGAAAUCGUCUGAUUGGGUCUUUGCAUGUCCACUCUUCAUUAAACCCACAAAGAUCAGAAGACUCCACUCAUCUUUGUUUGUUUUUUCGCUUACAAACAUGUUCAGGUCAUCAGAACAAUGAGGCGUCUUCCUCAGUGGCCUCUUCAUGUUCUCUUCUCUGACUGUCCAUGUAAACAUAGAGAUUAUAUCAAAACCAGAUCAGUCCUUGUUCCAGUUCUCACCCAAACCCUGGUGCGACUCCAGUCACCUGUGAGAUGCCUCCAUAUCCCACACAAAAGUCCUGGACUUCAAACAGUUCCAGCUUGAACCCAACAUGUCUCAGUGCAGAUAUGAUGGAGUCGAGUCCGUCCAGGUCUCAGACUGCUGCAGUCUUCCUCAGUCCGUGUCCUCCGCUGGUUCCUCACUCCGCAGGCGUGAUGGACAUCACUGUUUUGCAGACAGACGCUGUGGGAGGACGUGUGUGCAGUCAGGUCUGCAAGUGUUUGGACAUUGACAGUUUUUGUCAUGUUGUGUCUGUUCACCAACACAAUGAAGUUCAAAUGAAACAUUCCAGAUUUAAUUCAAAAUGACACAUUCAGCCAUGUUGGAAUAACGUUUUUAGAUGCAGUUAAUCUAUGAAGUAAUUGGACAAACAACAUGUAGAGAUUUGUUUUCUACAAAUCAUCACCUGUCUGUUUUCUGAACACAGUACACACGUCGCUGCCCUUGGAAGUAGUGAGCUGUUUUUGCUGUCUGUUCUUUCCUUCUUUGACCGCGAGAUACGCGCGCGCGA